AUGUCUAAAGCACCAAUUGGGUCUUCCAUUCAUUUCGAGAGCCAAAAAACCAGAACCCAAACACAAGAGCAAAACCCAAGUGAAGUCUGAUAGCUGAUAUGUCUGCUCAACCUCCCACAAUUCCUCUCCUUACCCCUUACAAAAUGGGAAAGUUCAACCUUUCUCAUAGAAUUGUUUUAGCACCAUUGACUAGACAGAGAUCAUACAACAAUAUUCCACAGCCGCAUGCCAUCUUAUAUUACUCUCAGAGAACAUCUCAAGGGGGUCUUCUCAUAGCUGAAGCCAGUGGAGUUUCUGACACAGCUCAAGGGUAUCCAGAUAUGCCUGGUUUAUGGACAAGGGAGCAAGUUGAAGCGUGGAAACCGAUUGUUGAUGCUGUUCAUGCUAAAGGCGGUGUCUUCUUCUGUCAGAUUUGGCAUGCCGGCAGGGUUUCAAACAGUGGUUUUCAGCCAAAUGGGCAAGCUCCAAUCUCUUGUACCGACAAGCCACUACCCCCCCAACUACUAACUAAUGGCGUUGACAUUGCUCAAUACACACCUCCAAGGAGAUUAAAGACAGAUGAAAUUCCGCAAAUUGUCAAUGAUUUUAGACUUGCUGCAAGGAAUGCUAUCGAAGCUGGUAACUUAUCUUUUAAGUUAAAUAUAAAUCAAAAUUUUAACAUCUUGGCCACAUGGAAAAUGCUUUUCCGAUAUAUAGGCUUUGAUGGGGUUGAAAUUCAUGGGGCGCAUGGCUACCUUAUUGAUCAGUUUAUGAAAGACCAAGUGAAUGAUCGAACAGAUGAAUACGGUGGAUCGCUGGAGAACCGUUGCCGGUUCGCUUUGGAAAUUGUUGAAGCUGUUGUUAAUGAGAUAGGAGCAGAAAAAGUUGGAAUUAGAUUAUCUCCAUUUGCGGACUAUAUGGAAUCAGCAGAUUCAGAUCCGAAAGCAUUAGGCCUUUAUAUGUCCAAAUCCUUGAACAAAUAUGGGAUCCUGUACUGCCAUAUGGUUGAGCCAAGAAUGAAGACAGCUGGAGACAAUAGUGAAACCCCUGACAGUCUUCUGCCCAUGAGAGAAGCUUUCAAAGGCACCUUCAUUGCGGCUGGUGGUUUUGACAGGGAAGAUGGGAACAAUGCUGUAGCUGAGGGUCGUGCAGAUCUUGUUGCUUAUGGCCGGUUCUUCUUGGCUAAUCCAGAUUUGCCAAAAAGAUUUGAGCUUAAUGCUCCUCUAAAUAAGUACAACAGAGAGACGUUCUACACAUCUGAUCCGGUUAUUGGCUACACUGAUUAUCCAUUUCUUGAAACCACAGCUUAAGUUUCCUGCAGCCUAUGGAAGCUUGAAUAUACUUUAUUCUGUAUAAUCUGGUUAAAUAUUUUGUUACUCUGUAUGUAGAAUUGAAUAGAAAAAAAGGUGACUAAAAGUUUUCUUAA